UACCACCAUCUGCUGAGUGUUGAGGGCCACCUACCACCAUCUGCUGUGUUGGGGGCCACCUACCACCAUCUGCUGAGUGUUGAGGGCCACCUACUACCCUACACCCAUAGCCACAACCUGGCCGCUGUAGGAGAUAACUGCAGCAUCACCUUGACCAACACGACAGAGGUGGUUUAGUGACUCACUUUGCCUCACUGUACUAUACACGGGUUCCAGUGUUCCAAGUUUGUCACUCAGUAAGUAUUAUAGCAGACAAUUUACCAGUAAACUGUAGGAAAAAUAGUAUUGCUGAGAAACUUCCGCGGAAACAACACUGAAAUUUAUAUUUUAAAAAAUUAAGAAUUUUCUCCUAAAUACGAAAGUUAAGUCAGUCGCCCCGCCACCUCCUCCUCGCCACUAACUUAUUUUACAUCGAUUCACAAAUUUCCAGAACUGUUGUUGACAAGUUUUGUGUUUACUGAACAAUGUAAGUGUCUUCCUGCAACACGCAGUCACAAACGUCUGCUGAAAGGUGUCACACAGGAGAGUGUCACGUAAGGAUGUUACAGGAAAGUGUCACAAAGGAAGGUGCCACAGGAAAGUGUUAGAUAAGGGUGUUACAGGAAGGUGUCACAUAAGGGUGUUACAGGAAGGUGACAGAGAGGUGUGCCUUCUCUGGCUCACCACACGGAGGGGAAGAGUUAGGUGGUGUAGGACAACGUGAUGACGGCGACGCCUGGAGGUGUGGCUGUACACAGCCUCGGCACCCCAGUCAGUGUGUUGUCCAGCAGCGAGGUCUCGGCGACCCUCUACGGGACACCCGAGUCAAUGAGCUGGACGGAUCCAUCCCACGGAGAGACGAGAAACGUGAGGGACACCUCCAACAGCAACAGCAGUACCUUGUUAGUGUCCGUCAACGAGAAGGUUGCCACGGUAACUCACCUGUCAACCUUUAACUCUGAGACACCACACCACGCCGCGGCUACCACCACCCUCCUCCUCCUCAACCAGACCACCAACAUCACCACAACCGGAGACCAGGACCUCGACUACCAAGACAACCUUAACGCCUCGCUGGCUUCCAAUUACAGCGAUUACGACUUGUCUCUGGACGACCUUCUGUACCGGCACUCCUUCAACACGGGUCUUCUGCUCUGUCUUAGUUAUGUUGUCGUCUUCAUCCUGGGACUUAUCGGCAACUGCUUCGUCAUCGCUGUUGUCUUCAGGACCCCGCGCAUGCGCACACCCACCAACUAUUUCAUCGUGAACCUGGCAAUGGCCGAUGUGUUGGUCAUAGUGUUCUGUCUACCAGCCACACUACUCUCCAGCAUAUACUACCCGUGGAUGUUAGGAUGGAUAAUGUGCAAGUUGGUAGCGUACGUCCAGGCUGUGUCCGUAUCUGCGUCUGUUAACUCCCUGGUGGCCGUCUCCCUCGACAGGUUCUUGGCCAUCUGGUUUCCUCUUAAGCUCCAGAUCACAACAGAACGAGCCAGGGCCCUUAUUGUCAUCAUCUGGAUAAUGGCCGUCGCCUCGGCUAUACCUUACUCCAUCUACUUCGAGACACAGGUGUUCUACAAGCAAGCUCCUGACCUCAUAGUUUGUGUUGAGAUGUGGCCCAGCAGACAAGCAGAACGUUUCUACUUCCUCAUCGCCCACCUGCUCUUCUGCUACCUGCUUCCCCUACUGCUUAUCAUCUUCUUCUACGUAAUGAUAUGGAUCAGGGUUGCCAGUAGACACAUCCCAGGAGACAGCAGAGACGCCGCCGUUCACGAGAUGCAACAACGCAGUAAGGUGAAGGUCGUGAAGAUGCUGGUGGUGGUGGUGAUUAUCUUCAUGUUGUCUUGGCUGCCUCUCUACGUUAUCUUCACCAGGAUCAAGCUUGGUGAUGAGCUUGGUGAGACCGAGGGAGCAGUUCUGGCCAUCGUCACCCCUAUGGCACAGUGGCUGGGGUCAUCCAACUCCUGCAUCAACCCUAUUCUCUACGCUUUCUUCAACAAAAAGUACCGUAAUGGGUUCCUGGCCAUCGUCAAGAGUCGCUCGUGCUGUGCUACUCUCCGCUAUGACUCCUACUCGUACUCCACCACGCGUAGGUCUUACUAUCCGUCAUACCGCUCCACCAUCCGACCCGAAGCUGGCACCGUCGACCCCAUCAAUCAUCACAAGAACAGCUCCGCCAACGUGUACACACUAGAGGGACGAGCUAACACCCGCACCAGGUACCACACAGGGCGGCCACGCACUCUGGCCAACGGCCUCAGUCCUGCUCUCCACCUCGCAGAUAACUUUACCAAGGACGCCAGCUUGGAGGAGAUGCGUCCACCACAACCAAUAUUGGGAGGCAUUGAGGUGGUGGAAGUGGAUGAGUACAGCAACAGCUAUGCAGACAGCAUCCACACCUUCACCAACGGCAAACUCGACGCCGUAGACUAAGACUAAAGCGACUCUUUGAUGAAUCUCCUGUUACUCGGGACGCCUUUACUGACCAUUACUACAACUUUGUCUCUCUCUGGUUCUUUUGUCAUCAGUCAGAAAACUAUGACGUUGUCUGUCUGGUCAUUCCUGGAGGUCAGGUCAUUGUUCCCUCACUAGUCGUGAUCCAGCCUCGCGGGACUCUCUGUUUACAACUCUUGGUGUUAUUGUAAGACGUAUAUGUGUUAUUAACUAUCACGCACAGCACCUACAGUAAGUCAUGCAGUACAGCAGGUGUGUUGAGCAGUACAGCAGGUAUGUUGAGCAGGACAGCAGGUGUGUUGAGCGGGACAGCAGGUGUGUUGAGCGGGACAGCAGGUGUGUUGAGCGGGACAGCAGGUGUGUUGAGCAGGACAGCAGGUGUGUUGAGCAGUACAUCAGGUGUGUUGAGCAGUACAUCAGGUGUGUUGAGCAGUACAUCAGGUGUGUCUAUAUGUUGUCGAUCUUUCCCUAACACCAAAAUAUUUAAUCUAGUUUUUAGAAGAUUUCACCUAACCUAACCUAACCUAACCUAAAGUAACCUAAACUAACUAAACUAGCCUAAUGAAGCUGACAAUUUUUUUACAAACGGACAGACGGCAAGUAGCUCUCUCAUUACUCUCUCCUCCUGAAUUGUUUGGUCGCGAAAAAAUAUAAAUAAAAUGAGAAAUUAAUCUGUGCAAAAAAUUCUGUUGAGUUGAACUGAAAAAGUCUAAUGUGAUGUGUGUGUGAGAGACAGGUCAUGUGUGUGAGAGAGACAGGUCAUGUGUGUGAGAGAGACAGGUCAUGUGUGUGAGAGA